GAGUGCGUAUAUUGGGACGCGGCCACAGAGCCUCGGCGUCCUGCAGGAGAUCUGCUCGCUGCUCUCUCGGUGUAGGGAGUGCCUCCUCUGGCCAAACUCCCGGCGUGAUCCUACCGAAGAGUGGGGCAGGACAAAGAGACCAGCACUGCCAAGACAAAAAAAAACAGCUCUGAGACAAAGAACUGGUCCCGGACACACACGGUGCUGGAGUGAUGAGGAUGAGGGCUGUGUUCUUCCUCCUCUCAGCCUGCGCCUCCUUCCUGAUCCUCCUGUCCCUCAUCAGCGUCUCCUCUGCCUGCAACAAAGCACUGUGCGCCAGUGACGUCAGCAAGUGCCUCUUACAGGGCCUGUGCCAGUGUCGCCCGUCAGAGGGAAACUGUUCCUGCUGUAAAGAGUGUAUGCUGUGUCUGAGCACGCUGUGGGAGGAGUGCUGUGAUUGUGUGGGCAUGUGCAACCCCAGAAACUACAGCGACACCCCGCCCACUUCCAAAAGCACUGUAGAGGAUCUCCAUCGACCAAUCCCAUCGCUCUUCAGGGCCCUCACUGAGGGUGACACCCCCAUUAACAUGAUGGUGGUCUCCUUCCCUGUGGCUGAAGAGCUUUCUCACCACGAGAACCUUGUGUCCUUCCUGGAGACGCUGGACGAACAGCACCAGAACGUCUCGUUGCCUGGCAGCAGCAUCCACAGCAACUAUGAUAAAGAUAAUCUGUGCACGGUUGUCUACUUUGAUGACUGUUUGUCCAUACGGCAGUGUAAGCAGUACUGUGAGUCUAUGGGCGCUUCGAAGUAUCGCUGGUUCCACAACGCCUGCUGUGAGUGCAUCGGGCCGGAGUGUCUGGAUUACGGGAGCAAGUCUGUCAAAUGCAUGAACUGUCUCUUCUAAAACCACGGACAUGCAGUCACUGCAUCAUAUUGGCCAACCUACUGAUGGGCUUGUGUGUUCAGUAUUAUAUUGUUGAGUAUAUUAUAUUGUAACCCUUAAAUGCACAGGUGUUCUCCAGCAGUUCACACAGUCGUAUGCUAAAGUUUGGACAACCCCAGUCAAUUGGCAUGUCUUGAGUUAACACAUCCUUACAGAGAACACACUUUUCUGCAGAUUUUAGUCCACAGUUUCUAUUUAUUAGCUUAUGUGCGCAGGCCACAUAUGUAUUUUUUAUAUGUAAAAUUUAGCAAACAGUACAUUAAAAUGUGCAGAAAUGUGCUCUUUGUUAUGUGUUAACUUAUUUUUACUUAGAAAAUCAACAAAGCAUGUCAUUUGACCAGGGUUGACUUUACCCUCAGAGAAACUGGAGAGAAUGAUAUGUGCAAAGUUUGUCAAACAAAGUUGAUUUCUAACAAAACCGAUCGACAUGAGGCAAGACAAGUGGCAGUUAGUACAUUUGCUAUAGCUAAACUCAAUUAUAUGCUUAUAUCAGAUCAUUUUUCAGCAAUUGAUUAGUAAUUUUUUACUCAAGCACAAAAUUAUGUGACCAUCACUAGAGUAGAACUGUCAAAACUCUUUAUAGGUUUAACAUAUUGGAAAAAAAUAAAAUAAACUAUAAAACGUGCCAUAGCAUUUGCACAGGCCAAAUUAAUGUUUUUUUAUUCAUCAAAUAAACAGUAAUUGUGCAUUAAAAUGUGCAGAAGUGUGUUCUCUGUAGAAGAUAUGUAACACAUUUCCACUUUCAAUUCGACAAAGCAUAGAAUUUUAUAUGGGGCAGCCAAAAUUUUGCAUACGACUUUAUGCAUUUCAGGGUUAAAGUCUGUUUCUUUUAUGUUUUAUUGUUGACCUGUAAGAUAUUUUGUAUGUUUUCUUUCUGGGCACACUGCAUAUUUAUGGAUGCAAUCAUAUUGAUCCUUUACAGUAUAUUUCAUUGACAAGCACUAUGUAUUAAGGUAAGUUUUAAAAAGUUUUUGCAGAUUUGUUGGAAAUAAAGUUAUACAGUAAUGUCAUGUCACAAAACCUCAAUAAAUGACACUAUUCUCUUUUGCAGUCCAUUUACA